UUCCGGCCUGUGGGGCCGUUGGGCACCGGCGAGCUGGACCGGGCGCGGGAGACCGGCUUUUGGAGGGCAGGUAACGGGAGGUGUCCACGUGGCGCACGGGUUCCCAUGGCCGGCCCCGCGCAGGGCCUGGUGAUGUUUGAGGAUGUGGCCGUGCACUUCUCCUGGGAGGAGUGGGGUCUCCUUAAUGUGGCCCAGCGCAGCCUGUACCGUGAUGUGAUGCUGCAGAACUUCGCGCUCGUCAGCUCCCUGGGUCUUCCUGAUUCUGUGGUCAGUAGAGCCCAGUUCUGCUUGUCCAGACUUUCUUCCUCUAGACCUUUCCCAGAAACUCAUAGCAGUUCUUUGGAGUCCCUUCUGGGAAGAAUGAAGGAUGAGGAUGCCCCUCCCAAGCAAGUGAAGAGUUGCAGAGUCGACCUGUCAGAGAAGCCUUUUGUGUAUGAAAGGAGGAUGGAAAAAUCAACUGUGCUGCAUCCAUACCAUGGAAUCACUCAACAAUAAGCACAUGGAUAUAGACAAAAUGCUACUCCAUACACCUUGAGCGAUGCAGGGAGACCCGGCUCCAGCCACAGUACCAGAGGCUCCACACUGGCUGGUAGAAACACCGGGAGGCCAGAACGGACCAAGCGUGCUUGGAAGCAGCUCGGUCUUGAUUGAAAUCAAGUUGCCAAGCUUGAAGUGAUGAACUGAGAACUCCAAAAGAAGAGUCUGAAGGCAGCUUAUAAUCGUGCUAGCAAAAAA